CUUCCUCCGAACCCUCUGCCAUGGGACAUCUGGUACCAAAAAUGCCACGAACAUUAAUUUCCGUGGUAAUGGCGCCACAAUUCGCUCAACAUCCAAACUGUACUGACAAAAGAAGAACAAAACUCACACUUACCGAGACAUUCCACCUGUUAUCAGUGAUUCAGAAAACCCACAUCAAUCAAAUUACUAUAAACAAAUCGCGAACCGAGCACGUAGCGGCACUGCGGGAUGCAUCACCCGUGCAGCACGUUUCGAGAACUCAGUGCAUCGACAGCCACAGCAUCGCGAUAACCUUCCGUGUCAAUUCCGGCGUCGUCGGUUAGAGUGAUUCAUCCCGCGCGCGCGAGAAUGAAGCUGUUCUGGUCGAUUGUUUUGUUUUGGGUUGGAAUCUUCGUGAGUGGAGAGAGACUGAACGAAAAUGCUACCAACUACUGGAGUGAAUUGUGUCCGAAGGAGUGUCGCAGUUGCCGGAUUGAUCAAACCAGACGAAAUCUUACUAUAGAUUGCUCAAAUAGUUUACUUGAGGAAGUUCCGUUGAUUUCCAGAGAGAUAUCGCUCAACUCAUCAUCCGUUACGCUGGAUGUCCGUAACAACUCAAUACGGGUCAUUCCAGCAGUUGAAGAUAACCCAGGAUUUGGACUGAUCAAUAAACUCUUACUCGAUGGUAAUGAGAUUGAUGCUUUGAAUGUUGCUAGUUUACAUGCAAAUUUGUCCUUCGUAUCCAUGACCUACAACAAGCUACACCAACUUGAAGAUACUUUCGUGGACCAUGCCCUCAAAAUCAAAACUCUUCGUGAGAUUGUCCUGAUAAACAACUCUUGGCCUUGUGAAUGCCAUCUAGCAAAGCAGAUGGUUCGUCUGGGCACAAAGUUCAAGCAGUUCCGCGUCCCAACCUGCACCUCCGGUCAACGCCUCAUCGACCUCAACCGAUCGUGCAUAACCAAGGUCAUGUUCCUGAUGGUACUAGGAUCCGUCCUGUUCACCCUAACCAUCACCUUCUCCGCCCUGUACAUCCGGCACCGUCACUCCAUCAAAGUCCGGCUUUUCUCACUGCAAAUCUGCCUCGGAUUCGUUAGCCACGAGGAACCCGAUGCCGCCCUGCUUCCCUUCGACGCCUUCAUCUCCUACUCCCACCGGAACGACCAGUUUAUCGUCAACGAGCUCAUCCCCACGCUCGAGAAAGCCCCCCAUUCCUACAAGCUGUGCAGCAUCCUCACGCAAAACUUCAUCCCCGGCGAUCCAAUCCCAACCGAGCAGUUCGAGCAGGCCAUCCGAAGCUCGCGCCGCACCAUCAUCUACAUCACCAAGCAGUACCUCCAGUCCCAGUGGACGCUUACGAGCUUCCGGACAACGUUCGAGUCCGCCCUAACCCGGUCUCGCCUGAUCGUGAUCCUCGCCGAGGACGUGGAAAAGUUUGACGAACUGCGGACGUCACUGCGCAGCAAGACUCUGCUCGAGCGGGACGACCCGUUUCUGUGGCAAAAGUUGCUGUACGCGAUGCCCCAUCGGAGUGCCGCGCUGAUGAGGAAGCACCGGCGGGAACAGAGCGAGAGAACGCGCAAACAGACGGAACUGCUGCGGGAGAAGAACCGGGCGAGGGAGGCGAAACGGUUGGCGGAUGUUGUGCUGUGAAAUUUUAGAGUUAAUAUGCCUUUUGAAUAAGAUUUAAAUGUAUCCUAAAUAUAAUGCGUCACUUCAUUGAAUCCACUCCCAUUCACUAAAUCAGAAAAAAAAACCAAAAGGGCAUAUCUAUUAGGAUGUAACAAAAAUG